AUGUUUCAAAAAAGUAAUUCUGAGAUUUCAUCGUCUUCCAGUGCCAAAGAAGCUAGUCAUGGAAUCGACGACACUGGUCUUGAUGCUACUGUCACAGGUAACAUGUAUUCCACUCCCGAUGACGACUUCAAGAGUUUCCUCUUGCAAGCCAAAAAGGAGGUGCAAAUGAGAAUCAAGGGUGACACUUCCUCUUUGCCUAAAGCGAGAGGUGUGAAGAGAAAACCCAAUGAAUCUUUAGGUGAAGGGAUUUCUAUUUCUUCUGAUGUUGUCAUUACAAAUUCUUCGAUUAAGGUUCAACCCGAGAAAGACAGAGCUAAUCACAAGGCCAAACAUGAUCAUCCACAUAUAAGAGAGACUCAAUUCAUAGGGGAGCAAGCAACCAAGAUUUUUGCUGGUACUUCUUCUGAGUCGCUCCUCGUCUCUUCAUGUGAGGAAAAAUUGGAGGGUGUUGUUCAAGGCGUUGAGGCCAUAAGUCCUGAGAAAGCUUAUUCAUUGAUUGUAGCUUAUGGUCUCAGAGUGUCCCAGUUUGGGAAAUCUGCUCAAGAAGAAUUCAUCAAAACCAGAGAUGAACUCAUAGAAGUUAAAGAUAAUUUGAAGGCGGAGAAAGAGAAAAUGGACUUUACUAUUGAGUAUCUAUAA